UCACUGGAGUUGCACCGGAGAUUGAGGGUCCUAGUAUAUUGCAAAUAUGUCUAUUAUGUCCUAUAAUGGAGGGGCCAUCAUGGCCAUGAAGGGGAAGAACUGUGUGGCCAUCUCUGCAGACAGGCGCUUCGGUAUCCAAGCCCAGAUGGUGACCACGGACGUCCAGAAGAUCUUUCCCAUGGGUGACCGUUUGUACAUCGGUCUGGCCGGCCUCGCCACUGAUGUCCAGACAGUUGCCCAGUGCCUCAAGUUCCAGCUGAACCUGUAUGAGUUAAAGGAAGGUCGGCAGAUCAAACCUUAUACCCUCAUGAGUAUGGUGGCCAACCUUUUGUAUGAAAAACAGUUUGGUCCCUACUACACUGAGCCAGUCAUUGCUGGGUUGGACCUGAAGACCUUUAAGCCCUUCAUUUGCUCUCUAGACCUCAUUGGCUGCCCCAUGGUGACUGAUGACUUUGUGGUCAGUGGCACCUGCACUGAACAAAUGUAUGGGAUGUGUUAGUCCCUUUGGAAGCCUAAGAUGGAUCCAGAACACCUGUUUGAAACAAUCUCCCAAGCCAUGCUGAAUGCCAUGGACCGGGAUGCAGUGUCAGGCAUGGGAGUCAUCGUCCACAUCAUUGAGAAGGACAAAAUCACCACCAGGACACUGAAGGCCCGAAUGGACUAACCCUAUUCCCAGAGCCCCCCUUUUUUUUUUUUUUUUUUUUUAAAUAAAAUAGGCUUUCUUUCAAAAAAA